AUGUGGAAAGCCAAGAAACAAAGAAUUGGUGAUGCUGAAGACAACUUCAAGAAGAUAUGGAGCUACUGUGCUGAAAUGGAUAGGACAAACCCAAGGACUAGGUAUAAAGUGAAGCUCAGUGACUUGCAAGAUGGGGGAACUGGGCAGGAAAGAUUCUUAAGAAUGUACAUUUGCUGGGAUGCUUCCAAACAAGGAUUCAGACAUUGUAGACCUCUAAUAGGUGUGGAUGGAUGUCAUUUGAGAAGUGGAUCUGGUGGGAUGCUCAUGAUUGCAGUGGGUGUUGAUGCUAAUGACAGUAUUUUCCCACUUGCCUAUGCUAUUGUUGAAGGGGAGAAGAGGGAGUCUUGGUCUUGGUUUCUAAACUUCCUAGCUGAAGACUUGGGGAUAACAAAAGAUAGAGAACAUGAGUAUACUUUUAUAAGUGAUAAGCAGAAAGGUUUGCUGCCAGCAUUUGAAGAAAUCAUACCUGGUGUGGAGCACAGGUUUUGUGUGAGGCACCUGCACUCAAACAUGAAAGUGGCAGGGUUUCAAGGGAAGGCAUUGAAGGAUGCUUUUUGGGAAUGUGCUAGGGCAACAACUCGGAAUUCUUAUACGAGUGCACUACGGAAGCUUAGGGCCUUAGAUGAAGCAGCUUAUCAAUGGUUGGGUCACAAGUCUCCAACAGAGUGGAGUAGGUCUCACUUCUCAACACACACUCACUGUGAUAUGUUGGUAAACAACAUAUGUGAGUCAUUCAAUGCAGCAUUACUUGGUGCUAGGGAUCAACCAAUCAUAGACUGCCUAGAGACUAUAAGGAAAAUGUUAAUGACUAAGUUUUUUGAGCAAAGACAAAAAGCAGCUGAAUGGAAGUCAAUGAUAUGUCCAUCAAUUGUGGGAAAAUUGAAGAAAAUAGAGAAGCAGGCAUCAGGGUGUUUGGCCACUCAAUGUGACUUUUUCAAAUUUGAGGUGCAACAGUUAUAUGGGGCCCAACAUCAGGUGGAUCUGGAAAGGAAAACUUGUUCAUGGCCUGAUGAAUGGCCACUAAUUACCAGAGAUCCCCCACUGCCACCUAUCUAUUCUGCCAGGGUUGGAAGACCAAAAAAGCUUAGACUGAGAUCUGGUGGAGAAGUGGAGCCAAAGUUGAGUGAAGAUGGCUUUAAAGUUUCUAGAAAGCAUAUCUUAUUGCAUUUCACUAUUUGCAAGAAACCUGGACACAAUUCAAGAAAAUGUCCUUCAAAUCCAAACCCAAAACAAAAGAAACCAUAUCUUAUUGCAUUGCAUUGCACUUACACAGUGUUAUUGUUUUACUUGAAGCCAAACAAAAGGGUCAUUUAUUCCACCAAACAAAUCCCCAUCAAGAACACUACAAAGGUUCCUAGGCAGCAACAUCAACAAGGGGAAGCUACUAUUCAAGAACCUAGCCAGCAGGAGGAACCUACAAAUCCAGUGCCUAGGCAGCAUCAGGAGGAAGCUAGUCAUUCAGUUCCUAUUAAGCAGGAGGACUCUGCUGAUCAAGGAGGCAACAACAAGGCCUCAAAGACAAGGCAAUCGAAUCGGAAGAAGCCCUACUAUACAAGGAGUAAGACCACAUCCAAGUCCAAAUUCUAUGGAAACAAUGAUGACCCUAUCAUUAUUGAGUGA